AACUGCCCCCGGAAAGCCAGGUAAAGGACAGCUGUCUGCCCUCGGGCUGCAGAGGGGGGCUGUGCGGGAGGGAGGCGCCGACACAGGGACAGGAGGCAGGCUUGGCGGCGAGUGGCCAGGGGAAGCCAGGCUCAUUGGAGCCUUCCCUUUGGGAGGGAAGGGGCAGCUCAGCAGAUCGAUCGAAUAAGAUCCCUCCUCAGCGCAGAUAAGUAGAGAGUGCAGGGUGGCCGCAGACCCGGCCCGGGAUGGGGAACGGUCUGGUUCGCAAUUCCCCAUAUCUGCAGCUUGAUCUGUUUCUUCUUCCCUCCAAGUGCUAGAGCCACAAAGGCUCGGGCACAUCAUUUAGUCCAGUUUCCCUCAUUUUACCAUUGGGGAAACUGAGACCAGAGAGGAAAGGUGACUUCCCCAAGGUGACACAGGAAGCCAGUGGACAAACUUGGAGUAGAGCCAAAUGUCUUGGCUCUCCGGCCAGGGCUUUUUUCCCACUGGCCCCACACUGAUUGUGGGACUUUCAAAGAGCUUUGGGACAUUUCCCAGAAGGUGCUGCGUGCAGAUGGGAAUGUGGGGAGUUGGAAGCCCAGAGUGGUGAAGUGACUAGCCCAAGGUCACACAGCUUGACAGAAUUCAAGGUGGCAGCAGCUGCCAGAAAGUUCACACCAUCUGCCUCUUUCUAUCUCUGCUUGAGGCUGCAUUAAAUGGCUGAUAAACAGAUCAGUUUACCAGCCAAACUGAUCAAUGGAGGCGUUGCGGGGCUCAUUGGGGUCACCUGUGUAUUCCCCAUCGACUUGGCUAAGACAAGGUUACAGAACCAGCAGAAUGGCCAGCGCAUCUACACCAGCAUGUCAGACUGUCUCAUUAAGACUAUCCGCUCGGAAGGCUACUUCGGCAUGUACAGAGGGGCUGCUGUCAAUCUGACCCUGGUCACUCCAGAGAAAGCCAUCAAGCUGGCAGCCAAUGACUUCUUCCGCCACCACCUUUCCAAGGAUGGGCAGAAGCUGACCCUGUUGAAGGAGAUGCUGGCAGGUUGUGGGGCUGGCACAUGCCAAGUGAUCGUCACCACUCCCAUGGAGAUGCUCAAGAUUCAGCUCCAGGAUGCGGGGCGCCUUGAGGCUCAGAAGAAGAUGCUGCAAACCCAGGCCCACCUCUCAGCCCAGGGUGGGGCCCAGUCUGUGGUGGGGUCUGCCACCCGUGCCCGCCCUACAGCCACCCAGCUGACCCGAGAGCUGCUGAGGAGCAAGGGCAUUGCCGGGCUCUAUAAGGGGCUGGGCGCCACACUGCUCAGGGAUGUCCCUUUCUCCAUCGUCUACUUUCCUCUCUUUGCCAACCUCAACCAGCUGGGCCAUUCGGAGGCCGGGGAGAAGUCGCCAUUCUACGUGUCCUUCCUGGCAGGCUGCGUGGCGGGGAGCACGGCCGCUGUGGCCGUCAACCCCUGUGAUGUGGUCAAGACUCGUCUCCAAUCCCUGCAGCGUGGAGUGAACGAGGACACCUACUCAGGCUUCCUGGACUGCGCCAGGAAGAUUCUGAGGCACGAGGGGCCGUCAGCCUUCCUCAAGGGCGCCUACUGCCGGGCCCUGGUCAUCGCCCCGCUCUUUGGCAUCGCCCAGGUGGUCUACUUUGUGGGCAUUGGCGAGGCCCUGCUGGAGCUGCUCCCUGGUCACCGCCAUGACUGAGCCCCUUCCAGCCUGGCCCCAGCCCCCACCCAUCACCCUCUGGGAGACCCCACCCUAGGAAUAGGAGGAAGCCUGGAAGGAGAGGACUCAGUGCUGGGGGCAGUAAGGCCCCCCCAGGCAGCCUUGGCGUGGCAGGGGUGGGAGGGAGCCAGGGAAGCCCCUCCCCCCCACAGUGACUGGGAUCAAUUUUUUAUUUAUGAAGAAAAUAGAGACCAUUACAUUCCUUAGUCCCCUGACCCCCAGAGACCUUGUGGGUCUGCUUCCCCUCCCCCUCUCUGAGCUGGCCUCAGGCAGGGGGGAGAUCACUGGUUACUGCCCCAGGCCCUACCUGGCAGGGUCCCAGGGCAUGGGACCCCCUCCUCAGUCCAAGCUCUGUGGAGAGGGCCAGGCACAAACCUAUUUAUUGCCCAGAGCCCUGAGGGGGAGUGGCAUCAACUGUGGGGUCAGGGGUGGGUCUGGCACUGCCUCUACCAGCUCCCACAGGUCUGUAUGUCCGUCCAUCCCCUUGCCUCUGGUCUGUUUGUUCUUCUAGGGGCAUGGGGGGAUGUCUUAGCUUCUCCCUCCCCCACCAAUCAGGGUCUCGAAGGUAUUUUGCUGCUCUGAGGGUCCCGGCUUUCUAGUCCCCAGGGACCCCUAACCAGGAGCCAGGAUUUGUUUGCUGAAGCAUCUUGUUCCUCCUUCCUUUCUUCCUCUACUGGAGGAGAUUUUGCCUGGACGUGGCCUCUUCCAACCCCCCAGCCCCUGAGGUCCCUGGUGGCAUUGUACAGGAGAGAUUCUAGAACUCACUGGCCCCAGAAUGGGCAGAGUCCUUCCCUGUCUUCCCAGAGGCCCUGAGGGGGCAGGGCCACAAAAUGGUUGGGGGGGGGUGUCCCCAAGUGUUGUUUCUGUGUGGAGUUAUGUGUAGUGUUGGUAUGUUCUUGUGUCUGACUAUAGUGUGUGUGUGCGUGUUGUGUGUGUAUGUUGGGAAAUGGGAGAAUGCCACAGGAUCCCCAAGUCCUGAGAACACAGAGAAGGGGCUUCCCUUCCCCUCCCUCAGUCUUGAGCUGAAUCUUGGGCCAGUGACUCUGUAUCCCAAGGGAGUUGAGUGAGGGGACCUUAAGGAAGGGCCGUCCUGAGCCCUGUCCCCUUAUUCCUUCCUCCCUCUGGAUUCCUAGCAGGGCCUGGGACCACCUGAAGACCUUGUCGUAUCUCCCCUUCCCAAUUGGUGCCCACUAGGAGAGGCUGGUCACCUGGUUCUCCCAGCCACGGGAAUGGGGGGCCAUUUGGGGGCCCUGAGUAGGUAGGCUUCAGAAGGUCUGGGGCAGCUCUCUUCCCACUCCAAUGAAUCCAGCUAGCUUAAGUAGCCUGUGCCCUGCCCCUCCACCAAACCAGAAAGUGCUGGGGUUUGAUGGUCCCCUAAAAGGAGGCUGCUGUGCCUGUCCCCUGGCUGAUUAGAGGGGUUUGGGGGAUGAACCUCAGUGACACUAAUUUGGGCCCCCACCCCAGUGCCUAGGAGCCUACUCCUGAGGCUGACUGCCCGUGGGAGCUGUUGCUAAUUAGGGCACCAGAAAGCAGCUGGGCCUGGGACAGAUCUCUGCCCUUCUUUGCCCAUUGGUGGUAGAAUCAAAUCCUGGACAAACCUGUACUUUCCAAAGCUGCUGCUUACAGAAGUAUAUUUUUUUUCCUUCUGAACAAGAGUUUUAAAAAGUUGUAAUUUUUGUGUCUUGUCAUGUAAGAGAAUAAAGAAAUAAAUAUUCUAA